GCUUCAAUCAAUUUCAUACGAUAGGACAGCUGGGGAUUGAUCCUGUCGUCUUGGGGAUUGUAAUGUUCGUAUUUUCCCACUAGCUGUCGUUCGUUGUCAAUGUCAAGUUGUGAAAACUUCAAGCGAUAUGGUCAAGUGGACGAGAGGUCGACUUGCAAAGUACACUGUGACCGUCGUGUGCUGCGCCGUCACCGUUCUGCUCACGGCAUUCCCCACCUUGCUCAGAGGGUCAAAUGCAUACUUGCAGGUGUUCUCCGUCGUCGAUUUCUCUCCGCCGAAAGACCAUGAUGCGUCCCCAGUUACUCACAACAGCAGACCCAUUUUCUCUCUGGAGAAGCACACGUACACAAGCGAUGGCCUCCUAAUUGUCAACCCCAACGGCCCACACCCGAUUUUUGAGCUUAUGCAAAAUGCGGAGGCAUCGUGGAAUUCAAAGCUUGCACGUGCAAGUAAGACUCUGGCAGAGGCCGUCAUAGAGUAUAAACAACGGUACAAGCGCGCACCUCCGCUGGGAUUUGAUAAGUGGUGGGAGUAUGUGGUCGAGCACAAUGUCCAACUUCCGGACGAGUACGACGAGAUUUAUCACGAUCUCGAGCCGUAUUGGGGACUUGACCCGGUGGACCUCGCGAGAUCGGUGGAGGAGUUGGGCACGCAGGACGAUAUCUUCACCGUUGUGAAAACCUUGUCGAACUUCGGGCUCGAGAUCGCUAACUUGACUGUUCACGAAAGUGAUCGUACUUUGCGUGAGCGUAUCGAGGCGAUCAUCAAUUUAACCGAGGAAUUUGGUGCCGAUCUCCCGCCUAUGCGUAUUCAAUUGUCUGCUCGCGAUAACCCUCGCAUGCAUACAGAUUGGAGGAUCAGAGAUAUGGCUUUGACUGCUGCUAGACACGGGACCACAAUCCAACAGAGUCACUUACUGCCUGUCACCAAGGACGGUUGGAUACAAGCAUGUCCUCCGAAUUCUCCAGCGCGGCUCGAUCCUCCAGUGCUUCCAUCUGUCGAUUCCAACCCUGUGCUAUCUAAUAUGUCAGCAUCCAAAUCUUUUAUUGUAUCCCAUCGUGCUGCCAUGCAUCCUUGUUAUCAUCCUGAGAUCCUUGUCUCUCAUGGACAGUUCCUCUCACAUCGCCGAGGGCCGCUGCCACAACAGAUGCUUGUCCCUUUGUUCUCUCACUGUGGUACACUCCUUCAUCACGACAUCCGUCCUCCAAUACCCUAUGGAUGGACGUCCGGUGACCACUCCGAAGUUCUCGGUGAUGUACCGUGGUCCGAAAAAGCUGAUGAGAGACUUGAUUGGAGGGGAAGUCCGACGGGUAUGUAUGCCUCGCCCGAAACACUUUGGAUACAUGCACACCGGCAGCGAUUGGUGACGUUGACAAAUGAGAUUGAAGGGAGCACCAGUGUUCUGCGUGUUCCUUCAGACGCGUCGAGCCCUGUCGGUGAACCUUUACAAUUGCGGAUGGGAAGAAUCAAUCCAGCGUGGAUGGAUAUAGCGUUUUCAGGGAAACCAAUGGCGUGCGAAGAAGAUGCUGGGACAUGUAAGUUGAUGGAAGAGAUGUUUGAAUUCCGGAAGAUGCAAGGAAGAAAAGAGGAAGGGAGGUAUAAGUUCAUACUAGAUGUUGAUGGCAACGGCUGGUCUGGUCGUUUCAAGAGGCUAGUCACCAGCAACGCUCUCAUACUCAAGAUGUCCGUGUAUCCUGAGUGGUACACAUCUCGCAUUGCCGAAUGGGUGCAUUAUGUUCCUAUCCAGGUCACCUACACUGAUCUAUACGAUGUCGUCGCCUUUUUCCGCGACCACGACGAGCUGGCAGCGAAAAUUGCAGGUGCAGGCAAGGAAUGGAGCCAACAAUUCUGGAGAAAGGAAGAUAUGAGCGCAUAUCUGUAUAGAUUGCUUUUAGAAUAUGCACGUGUGAUGAGCGUUGAUCGCGAGUCCAUGUCGUAUCACGGAUGACCAUUGAUUGGACUCCGGGUCGGU